UAUGACACUAAAGGAUCAACUACCUUGACGAACACAUCUACUCUCUGACAAUGAGACGCAAGAAAGCAUUACACGAGAUGGUGACUGUGCAGGGACUCACCCAAGUAUGUGACACAAGUUCCAAUAUUCUAAGACGUGGAGUCUGGCUCCUCAUCUUUUGUGGCGCACUUGCCUUCACGACGUUCAACAUCUACAAGCAAAUAUCGUUAUAUCUGUCUGCACCUGUCAACGUGAGAGUGGAUCAGAUCUUUGACAACAUCCUUUUGUUUCCAACCAUAACAAUCUGUAAUAACAACUACGCUAAGGGUUCACUGCUUGAUAUUUUUGGACUGGACCAUGUAAUUCCAGCGGUGUUUCCUUAUACUGACUUUGAUGAACAAUUACCAAAUGUUAACCUAAGUCAGCUGGACUUGUCUGCCAUAUAUGUUGACGGACAACUAUCAUUCAACUUGGGACACACCAUUGAAGAAGCUAUUGUUAAGUGUGACUGGGAGUCAGCGCCUUGUGGACAAGACGACUUUAUCUACAAAGAAACUGAUCUGGGCAAAUGUUUUACAUAUAACGUCAAUGGUUCUCUGCGGUCUCGGAACUCCGGGCGUGCCCAUGGGCUGCGCCUCUUGCUGAAUGUCCAGGAAGAGGAAUACACUCGGAGUAUUAACGGGUAUCUUGGAACAGGUUUCAUGAUUGCUGUUCACGCUCCGGAGGUGUCCCCAAUCAUGUCCGAGACGGGAAUAGCUGUAACUCCCGGCUUCCAGCACUUCAUGAGUAUCGGAGUAAAGAGGGUAACCGCAAAGGAGGGUGUAGGUGGCUGUGGCGAGAAGCCUCUGAAGUAUUUCACAGGGAACUAUUCCCGAGAUUCAUGCAGGAAGGAGUGUCAGAUGCGUUUUAUCGUCAGCAUGUGUAACUGCAAGGACAUUUCAAAUCCAAGCGAUGUUCCACUCUGCAAUCCCCAGCAAUACCAGGAAUGUUUAGUCCCAGCUCUUCAGCAGUAUCUGCAGACAGACACUGGGUGUGAAGCUGGAUGUCCUGAACCAUGUCAAUAUACCAGGUUCACCACCCAACACUCCAGCUCUCCACUGUCCAGGAACUACAUUACUGAGUACACCAAGGCCAAGGGUAAGACUGAAGAGUACUGGCGGAAGAAUCUUGUCAUUCUGGAGAUGUAUUUCAGCUCUUUGGCCUACGAAAACAUGGAGAAACAGCUGGGGUAUGAGAUCCUGGACCUGUUCUGUGACAUAGGCGGAGCACUGGGGCUGUUGCUUGGUGCCAGCCUACUGACAGUGUUGGAAGUGUUUGAUUUCAUGUUUAUUUCUGUCUUCUCGGGGGUGUUUGAAAAGAACAAAGUUAACUCCAAAUAAGCAUGGGUGAUCGAAAUGAUAAAAAAACCCCAAAAAACAGGAAUAAUAUGUAUGACUGUUUUGAUUUGGGCUACAGGUGGCUAAUUUACUUAUUUAUGACAGACAGUGAAGAUUUAUUUUGUCAAUGGACAAUAAAUGUCUGCCAUCUAUCAUGA